AUGGCGCCGGUCCGGCCACAGUGCGGGAUUACGACGGCAAUCUUGCAAGGAGUUGUUUCGCCCUUCAAACUAAAUAUUCAGAUCAGAAGACUACAUUGGCCAGCAAGCACGGACCCUUCGCCAUACGAGAUCUUUAAUAUGACGCCGGCGACGUUCGAUAAGAAAAAGCUGAACCAGGUGUACUUGCAACUGGCCAAAAAGUACCAUCCCGAUAUGGCCCAAGCAAAAGGCAGCUGCGAUGAUUGCGCCGACAAGUUCAAAAAAAUAGUGGCGGCACACGAGAUUCUCAAGGACGACCACGAGCGACGGGUUUGGGACAUUCGGCACGGUGUCAAUGGAUAUGGUACAUCGCAUUCGUCGGCUCCACCGGACGGGUAUCCAGGUUACGCGUAUGGGCAACCCCAUGGAGCGUCGUCGUGGAAGGGCCGGGAGUACCAUGGCAACACGUACCGGGCGGACCCAUUUGACGGCUUCUGGAACCACGAGCACCAACAGAACUUCAAUAAGAACCUGAAUGACAGCCGGGUGUGGCUGCUGAAGGUUGUGGUGGGCUUUGUUAUAUUUAUUGCCGUGUGCGAGCUUGUGACAGUGUCCGAGGUGAGCGAUAGACGGAUUAUUGAGCUUGACCGCAUUUCAUGGGAAACCGAGCAGUUGUACGCGCGUAUUCUGGCGAACUUCGACAUGGGCGACUCCGCAGAAGAACGCAUCCAGCGGUUUUUGGAGCACCGCAAGCGCACUUUGGACAAUUAUCCAGACACUAGCUAUUCGGGCAUGACUGGCUCGCGCAAGAAGCCCAAUUGA